AUGUACAUCCGAUCCCUCUUCGAAGCGAACAAGCACGUCACACAGCCGCGGCAGCAAAGAGAAAUCAUCGAGCAGACGGAACAACUGCUGGACUCAUACAAACACCCCGACCCCUACCGGCCACCCACCGCGCCUGGUGGAAGCAAGUACCAGCGGAACCUCCCCCCUCCUUCGGCGGAAGCUCCUCCUAUGACCCACAAGGAAAUGCAUGUAUAG